UCAUUGUGUCAUAGAUCAUAAUAAUUUUAUGUGAUAUAUUUUUUUCUCUCAAACAUCAAAAUAUACUAAAAAAGUGCAGACUGCAGGAGAAUGUUUAGUAUGUAAAAAGUGCCAGAGAAAACAUAGUUAUGGCGCAAUUAAACCAAGUCAAUUUGGAUAUGGGCGAAGAUACGCCACAAGAAAGUGCACCCCGUUUGGGUCCUCUCAACAGAAUGGAUUCUGUUUCAAGACCGUUGAGAAAUAACGUAGGGCUUGGAGAUCGUCUGAACAGCAUGUUCAGAGAAAUUCGACCUCUAGUUGAAAAUGCUCGAAUGGUAAACAUUGAAAUAUUGAUUACAGAUACUGAUGGUAACAAUGCAAGACUGUCUCUGCCAAUGUGGCUGCCUCGUCCUCCUCCAAACACACACCACACUGGGGAGAUCCUUCAAAGGCCACAAAGUUCCAUUGCCCAUGUUAACUUAGGCCCCAAUGCUCAAACAUAUGUUGUGACUGAAAGAGGAACACCACCAGCAUUAACAAGUCAAGGAGUGAGCUCAAGUGUCUCCCAUGACUCAAAUAUUUCAGAGCACACUUCUCAUGUGGAAAUUAAUGAAUCUGUUAAUCCCUCCAAUAACAAUAACAACAUUAAUGAUAACACCGACAAUGACAAUCAGAGUGAUGAUGGUGCACAACAGGUGGUUGACGUUAGUUCAACAUUGAAUUUCCUGAUUCGCUACUUACCAUUCUAUUUCCUGCUGUUUCUAAAAUACUUGUACGACAGCAGGGAGGCCAUUGCCACAUUCUUAUUGCUGUUCUGUACGUUUACACAUAGUGAUAUGCUAGUUAGAAGGGAAAAUGGUAAACAUGUGAACCGGAGCUUCCUGGCAUUGUUGUGUGAGCUGGUAUUCUCAUUGGGCAGUGUCAUCAUUGUGCAUUUCCUGUUUGGACAUGACAGGCUGUUGCCAAAUGUGGUGAUGUUCCCUGGGUACACAGAACCUAUCAAGGUGUGGGAGCUGCUGUGGCUUGUAAUGAACACUGACCUCAUUGUCAAGAUAUUCACUGUGGACGUCAAGAUUCUUAUAACCAUGGUACCUUCUUGCAUGCUGCCUUAUCAGAAACGGGGUAAGGUGUACCUGUUUACGGAAGCUGUGUCACAGCUAUACCGAUCGCUCAUCACCAUCCAGCCGUGGGUGUACUUCCUGCUGGCGUCCUACUCCGGCUCGGAGCGGCUGGUGGGCGUGUCCCUCACCUGCAUCUACGUCUUCGCCAAGGUUCUGGAGGUGCUGGUGCGUCUGCGGCUGUUCAAGAAUGCCGCCUGGACGCUUGUUCAGAGUGUGAACCUUGGCACGAAGCCGACUGGCGAGCAGAUGGUGUCGGCGGGCGAGUCGUGCCCCAUCUGCCACGACGAGUACACGACGCCUGUGCGGCUCGACUGCUCGCACAUCUUCUGCGAGCUGUGCAUCGCGGCCUGGUUGGACCGCGAGCACACGUGCCCGCUGUGUCGCGCCAGGGUCGCGGAUGAGCCCACCUGGCGCGAUGGCUCCACCACCUACGAGAUGCAGCUCUACUGAACCAUCGACCCUGACAAGAGAGCCAACGACAAAAUAUACUUGAUGUAAAGUAGGCUAUUAUCUCUCCCAUAACUGUGAACUGACUUAAGGCUGAAAUCUUUAGAGCGAACAUAGACUCUGCUCAGACUUUACUUAGGUAAGACUUAGUUAAGUGUGAUAAAACGCGAACUGGACUUUUGCAUUGGAGUGUCGUAGCUUAAGCUCAGCAUAAUUUCAGCUGUUAAAUGACUAUAAAAACGAAAACAAAGAUUAUGCUAAGCACUCAGCUAAGUUUUACUUAAGUAAAGUCUGAGCAAAGUCUCAAGUACGCUCUAUAGAUUAGCCUUAGGCUCUGCUCAGACUUACCUAGCGAGUUGAGUCGAAGUUCGUAUUUAUAAACAUCGCUUUGAGUGCGUCAUCACAACAGCAGCUGUUGUUCUACAUUUAAGAAAUCCGGUACUAUCUGCUGUCACGCAUCUAAAAUGCGUUCCGAUUCUCCUAUCAAAUAAGUCCGCAUUUCGCAUGAAUCAUUCAUCGGUUAUUACUUAUUUCAACAAAACUAAUAAUCAGAUAAGUUUUGGAUACUGUUAUAAUUUCGUAUACUUUUUAUUGUAAAAGUUUGUUUAAUAAAAAUAAUGUAGCACUCGCUUGACCAUUCUAUUGGGAUGUCUCAGCAUAAUCUCAGCUGUCAAAUGACUUUAUAUACCAAAUCAAAGAUUGCGCUCAGCUAAAACUCAGCUGAGUUUUUCGUAAGUAAAGUCUGAGCAAAGUCUAGGUACGUUUUAUAAAUCUCAGCCCAAGUCUUAAAACAUACGUCCUGAGGGGAGAUCAUUGCCACAUCCCCGAUCACGUUCGGAUAUAGCUGACACUUCGUUUGGCAUAUAUCAUGACCUUGACAACCGCCCCAUAGCUACCAAACGGUAGCACAACAGUAUAUGACGACCCACAUAGCCCAAUGGUUAGUCGAAUCCUGGUAGACAAUGCAAACGUUGAGUCAUAAAUGUUUAUAUGUAUUAAUGUAUGUUUAAGUAAGUAUAUUGUAUUAAAUAUAUAGUUGUCUUGUACCCAUAGUACAGGCUAUGCCUAGUUUGUUUCAAGAUAAUUUGUGUAGUGCGUCAAUAUUAUUGGCGGAAACGGAUGUAGCGACAAUACUACCGCAGAAAAUACUGUUACUUCUACUGCUUCUGCGUCCUGCUUACAAUUAGUGAGCAGAACAGAUUUGGACCAAUGAUAAACAAAAGUUUUGACAAAUACAUGCAGCUAUGACACACUGAUCUUUAGCAGAUUCUGUGAUUCAGUCUGUUAUAAAAGAAGACAUUCCGUAGUAAACACUUUAUGAUAUCAUCAUCUUCACAUCCUAUAUAUGUGUUGUUUAUGUGUGUGUUUCUUUUAAUAAGCGAAAUCAUGUUUUUAAAUACCUAUUUUUGUUUUCUUACAUGUUUCAUAUCUUAUAUAUUUACUUAUGUUCAAGUAAUCUAUUUUGCAAUCUCUCUGUGUGUGUGUGUGUAUGUUCCCAAUGCAGACAUUUGUGCCAAUCACAUAAGUCUCUGCUAAAUGUAAAUAAUUCAUAUUGUAUACCAAACUACACAGUAUUUGGAUCUCAAAGUGACUUAUAUACUUCUGUGAUUUCAUUGAAGUAUUAAUUAUAUAUCAAUUUCAUGCCUCUUGAUUAAUUACUGCUACACACGUUACGAUUAGACGGUACAGUUAAAUCUGCAGCACUAAAUCGACAUGUGUGUAUGAGAAAAACUGACAGUUUGUCCGAUUAAUACUGUACAUUUGAACGAAGCAGUAUAAAAUUUUGGAUAAUAAAUCGGAAUCGAAAGAAACUGUCAAUAAUCGUAACGUAUGUGCUAGCCAUAACAAUAGAGGUCGAGCUGUUUUUGAUAAUAAUUAUUAUUAAGAAUUUCAUUUGAUUGACCUUUUUUGUUGCCCUUUUAAUACUUUUAACUUACUUUAAAAAUAGGAGGAAGUUUUCAAUUCGACAGUAUAUUUUUUAUAUACCUCUCCGCCGUUUAUGGACCGAUUUGAAACAUUUUUUUUUUGUGAAAAGGUUCACUCCCAAAUUGCUUUCAUUGUAAUUAAAAUCUUCUCUGAUGAAUGUCAAAAAUUUUCUUUUUUUCUUUCAUUUUAUAGGUCUAUCAUGUCACUAACAUCAAAUGUUGUUGAUAAAAAAUAUUUUUCAUCGUUUUUGUAUGUGUAAGUAUGUAUGAAAUCGUUUUUUUUUUUGGUAAUUUUUUUUUAAGUGUUUAUACUCAAGAAUCUUAUACUAUUCAUUAUUCUUUUAUUAAUUUAGCUUUGAGAACAAGAUGUCUCUUUCACUCUCGGCUAAUCAAAGAGACGAUAGCUUUAAAAAAAAUUAAAUCGUUACAGUGUGCAAUAUUUUUCAAAUAAGAUACACCCAUUUAAACAAUUUCUAAGUAUCUAACAAACUACUUUAUCAGGAUUCUAAUUUGUCAUUCUUCUAUAGUAUAAGGAUCUGUACUCUGUGUAUAUAAUGUAAAUAUUAUAACAGAUUGUAUAGAAAAAUCUACGUAAUAAAAAAUAUUAGUUUGUAAAAAAUGCGAAUAUAAAGACAUAGUUAUAGAUAUGUGCUUCGACAGAUUCGAUAUUCAUUAUAACCAGAUGUUGGUUUGUCUAUUAAAUAUAGUGUAGAUUCAGAAAUAAAAAAUAUUAAUAAGCGCUCUAAAGGCAAAUAAUCAAAUCUGCUUUGUCUAUGAAACUUUAAGUAUCCACCUAUUUACUUGCAGAGCUAUACCGCCCCUCUUAAUUCAUUAUAAAAAGUAUUGUUAAAUGUUUAUGCAAAUAGUAAUUAAUAAUAAAAUCUAGUAAAUAGAUAUAUAUUGUUCGAUCAUUUGCCAAACAUAAACAAGUAUAAUGUAUGUUUACAAUCCUUUAUUUAUUACGCAUUUUCUGUAGAUGUGGUUUUUUUUUUCUUAGCAUUCUAAAGAACCUACUACUAUAAUAUUACGAAAGUACAAACAGAGUUUAUUAAUUAUCUACAUAAACAAUAAUAUUUGCAUUUUUUUUGUUAAAUGAAAGAUAUUGAGGUAUUUUGGUUCUCAGUUCGCAGCGGAGAUCUGCUUACAUCUACAGAAAUGUGUAGUUGAUGUUGUUUCAAUAAUAUUUUAAGUAAACAGUGUUAUUAUAAGCAAGAUGUGAUGAAUAAAGAAAAUGUUUUGUUAAA